CCGCCCAGCCGCGACUCCUCCCCGGGGCUCCCGCUCGCCUCCUUCCCGUCCGCGCAGGGCAGGCGCAGCAGGGCCGAGGGCAGGCGGAGAGCCUCCGAGGAGCCUCGCCCGGCAGCCGGGAAGCAACAGCGGACAGGCAGGCAGGCAGGCAGCUUUUCUAGAUAUCACCAUGGACGAUCCAGACUCCGGUUUCGAAGAGCUGUUGGCCAGAGCAAAAGCUGGAGAACCAAAGUCGCAGACAGAGGUGGGGAGGUGCUACUUGAAGCUGGCCGAAGACCAGGACGAGGAGCUGAACAGCUGCAGUGCAGUGGAGUGGUUGAUCCCAGCUGCCAAACAGGGGCAGAAGGAAGCCCUCAAAAUGCUGCAAAGUUGUUUGGCAGAAGGAAAAGGCAUCACUUUGGAAAACAUGCCAGAGGUGAAGCGACUGUUGUCCGAGACUGAUCUGGAAAGAGCGGUCAGAAAAGCGGCCUUGAUCAUCUACUGGAAGUUAAAUCCAAAGAAGAAAAAGGAACUGGCUGUUUCAGAACUGUUAGAAAAUGUCGGCGAAGUGGACAGCCAGGGGCAGGGAGACCAGCGCCCGGGGCCGCUUCCAAAGACCGUCCAGAAGCAAAGAAGGAUGCUGGAGAGACUGGUCAGCAGCGAAGCCAAGAAUUACAUGGCCUUGGACGACUUCGUUGAAAUAACCAAGAAGUUCGCCAAGGGAUUCAUCCCGCCAAGUAUGGUCCCUCAGGAGGACGACGAUGACGAUGAGCUGACGGGAAAGAGCCCCGAAGACCUCCCCCUACGACAGAAGAUCAUCAAGUAUCCCCUUUACGCCAUCAUGGAGAUCAAAGAGCACAUGAUAGAGGUGGCCUCCAAAGCCGGCAUGCAUUGGCUGUCCACCAUCGUUCCCACCCACCAGAUCAACGCCCUGGUCUUCUUCUUCAUCCUCAGCAACCUGACCAUUGACUUCUUUGCCUUCUUCAUCCCCCUGCUGGUGUUCUACCUGUCUUUCGUCUCCAUGGUGAUUUGCACCCUGAAAGUCUUCCAGGAUAGCAAAGCGUGGGAGAACUUCCGCACCCUCACCAACCUGCUCCUUCGCUUCGAGCCGGACCUGGAUGUCGAAGAGGCGGAGGCGAAUUUUGGCUGGAAUCACCUGGAGCCCUAUUUCCACUUCCUGCUCUCGGUCCUCUUCGUCGUCUUCUCCUUCCCGAUAGCCAGCAAGGAAUGGAUGCCCUGCUCCGAACUGGCCACCGUUUCCGGUUUCUUCAUGGUGACAAGUUAUAUGAGCUUGGGCACCAGCGUGGAGCACUACACACGAAGGGCCAUGUUGACCGAGGUGACUGCGGGGGCCCUCUGCCUACUGCGGGGGGCCCCCGACCACUGGGGUUACGUGAAGCUCCUGGGUAAAACAUUUUACAGUCAGCCCCUCGGCAGCCUUCUGGUGCUGAACCUCAGCAUCCCUUGCCUCUUGUACCUGUACUUGUUUUACCUUUUCUAUUGCAUGGCCCGGCUGAAGAACUUUAAGGGCAUCUAUUGCUACCUGAUUCCUUACUUGGUCUGCUUCAUGUGGUAUGAACUCUUCAUUGUGAUUCUUCAUGAAUCCACCGGCCUUGGUCUCCUUCGGGCUUCAGUGGGCUACUUUUUAUUCCUGUUUGCCCUUCCGGUGUUGAUGUUGGGCGUUGCGCUGAUGUGUCUUUUCCACUUCCUACGAUGGCUGGUCACGUUGGAGCUGACCAAGGUUGCGGUCACCCUUCUCCUCUGCGGGGUUCCUUUGCUCUUCCACUUCUGCACGCGGGCCCGAGUCUCUGCCGUCGAAAUGGUGAAGUCGCUUACCAGGAGUUCAAUUGUGAAGCUUAUUCUGGUGUGGCUGUCUGCCAUUGUGCUCUUCUGCUGGUUUUACGUCUAUCGCUCGGAGGGGAUGAAGGUGUACAACUCGACGUUGACGUGGAAUCAGUACGGGUUCGUCUGUGGGCCCCGGGCUUGGAAGGAAACCAACAUGGCGCGAACUCAGAUUUUAUGCAGUCAUCUGGAAGGCCACCGGGUGACCUGGACAGGGCGAUUCAAGUACGUCCGAGUGACCAGCAUUGAGAAUAGCGCCGAGUCCGCCAUAAAUAUGCUUCCCUUUUUUCUCGGGGACUGGCUCAGAUGCUUGUACGGAGAGACGUAUCCCGACUGCGACCCCAGAAACACCACCCUGGAGGAGGAAGAACUGUGCCGGCUGAAGUACUUGAGCAAGCACAACUGUCACAUCAAGAGGUUUGACCGGUAUAAAUUUGAAAUAACGGUAGGCAUGCCCCUGAGUGGUGGGAACGGCAACCGGACCCCGGAGGACGAUGACAUAACCAAGGACAUCGUGCUGAAGGCCAGCAAUGAAUUCAAGCACGUGCUGUUGAACUUGAGACAGGGCAGCCUGGUUGAGUUCAGCACCAUCCUGGAGGGCCGUCUGGGAAGCAAGUGGCCGGUCUUUGAGCUGAAGGCCCUCUCCUGCCUCAACUGCCCGUCAAAGCUCUCCCCGGCAGGCCGGCACGUCAAAGUGGAACACGACUGGCGGAACACCGUUCAGACAGCGUUCAGAUUCGUCUUCAAUUUUUUGUUCUCCCCUUUUCUGUACAUUGCCUAAUACACACCUCUGGGGGUAACACCCGCUCCGACACACUCUUUUGGCUGUCACAAUCUGAUUUAAUGGCCUUUAGCACGGUACGUCAUGCGGCCCUAAUCUUUUUCUGCAUUGCACGAUUAUAUUUAGAAAAAACGCCCAGCUGCGUGUUGAAAGGGUUUUCUAAAGAACUAACCUAUCAAAGCAGAGAUGCCAAAAAAACCAAUACAACUUUGCCUUCUAUGUAUACUCAGUAGUUAACGUGAACUUUAUUCCAAAUUCGCAGCUGUAACAGUCACAAUAAUGUCAAAACCGAGGGUGCGUGAUGACGACGCCUGGGCACACAUGCUCCAAUUUACGACUUGGGCCAGGCGCCAUGAGACAAGCACGUUGAUGUGGACAUGAGCUUUUGAUCUCUCUCUGCUCUCCCCAAGGACUGCAGAGAACCGUACUCUAGGGCGGGGGUCUUCAAACUUGGCCCUUUUAUGACUUGUGGACUUCAACUCCCAGAAUUCCUCAGCCAGCAAUGCUGGGAGUUGAAGUCCAUAAGUGAUAAAAGGGCCAAGUUUGAAGACCCCUGCUCUAGAAGGAAUAAAUUCUCUGCCGAUAAUUAAAUUCUGCAAACAGACUUCAGCUAAUUCAGCGGUACGACUGGGUGGUUUUUCUGAGGGAGGGGGCCCUCAUUUUUUUUCCCUCCCGAAGGAAGGAGGAAAGGAAAUGGUUUAAGCAAUAAGCAUGAGUGCUUCACUCUGGAAAUGGUACUGAGCAUCCGGAGAUGAAUCUGUCCUUCUGAUCACAAGCAUAAAAUACGGAUUAAAAAACAUGACACAU